UACACGGCGGGGAUAUGUUGUGGGGCGGCCGCUUGUGGGUAAGAGAUGUAAACUCGGAACAUAUCCCCAAUGCGCAGAUGUAAUCUCUUGUGGACAGGGAUGUGGAAUGUGGGGAGCAGAUCCGAGUCCAUUUUGGAUGUGGGGUUAGAUCAACAUUCAUCACAAUGUCAAUAACAAGUCCACCGUUCAAAAGAUGCACAGCGCCGGUGAUUGAGGUUAACCGUUGAAGUUGGAAUAAAUGCCUGGAAACGUUAUCGAUUGAAGAGAAGAUCAAAGAAAGAGAUCGAGAGAGAUGGAUUUGAGAUGUGUCCACUGUGGAGUUGCAGUAAGAACCCUAUUCGUGCAAUACUCACCUGGAAAUAUUCGAUUAAUGAAAUGCGAAAAUUGCAAGGAAGUCGCAGACGAAUAUAUCGAAUGCGAGACCAUGAUCCUUCUGAUCGAUUUGAUCUUGCACAAGCAAAAAGCUUACCGGCAUUUACUAUAUAACACACUGAACCGACACACCGUCGAUUUUGAGGGCAUAUGGUGGAAAUCCAGUUUUGUUUUUCUUCUCCUAGAUGCAUGCAGGAUUUUGGUUUUACGUAGAAAUGGAGAAUAUUGGGGUUUGUCUAGGAGCUCUUGGACGUCAGCUUGGGUAUGUGGGAAGAUGCUAAUGGAUGUCCUCUUUGAGAACCUUGUGUUUAUCUGUUUUUUAUCUAUUGCAACAAGGAUCUUACUAAAAUCAUUGCCUGAAGUGGCCAGGUACAAAGACAUUUUAUUGGCCAUUGUUGUUUCAAGCUACUUCAAGGUUUUUUUCAUAGCCAUGAUGGUUUGGGAAUUUCCAGCUUCUGUUGUCUUCAUCAUUGAUGGUUUUGUCCUAUCUUCAAAUGUUGUGGCUUUGAAAGAUUUACUUUAAUCCAGUUUUUGCAAUAUUCUUCCCAGAUCUAGUGUUCGCAGAUUUACAUUUAUCCAAUUUUCACAGAUGCACCUAGAUCUAGUUUUCGAAGAUGUACCCUGAUUCCGCAAGGUUUCUGAUACCUAGGAGUGGUCUUUUCUCCAAAUAGUUUUCGUUUUAUCUAUUUUCUUUCAAGGCAAAUGUACCCUUAUCCCGAAGGUUCUUGAUACCUAGGAAAGGUCGCUUUAUCAAGAAUGAAACUGGCCUGAACACAAUGAAACGAUGCUGCAGAAGAACUCUUCUUUUUCACCUUUUCUUGCCAUAAUCCUCUAUCCUCGGCUCACCCCUUUUCAAAGCUUGCCCUUCGUAAAAAUUUGUGUGCUUAUUUUGGUAUUUGUUGUUUUGUAGUUUCCUACCUCACAACAAAGAAGGGCAGCUGUCUGCACCCUAUUUUUGUUUGGUCCGCCACCUGAACUUCCAAUUCACCCUAAACACUCGUUUAGACCCUUCCGAUCUCUCCGAAACACCCCAAAACCCAAAAAACCCAAAUUUCACCCUAAGAGCCCUCAGAUCUACCGUUAAACCUGCCCGAUACCUAUCCAAUGGCCCCAAUCAACCCCCACUCACACCUUAACCAUUAAAUCAGACAUAACCAUCAUAUCCCAAACACCCCCAAACACCUGCCUGUUAAAUUUCAUCCCAAAACACCUUUGCUUACCCCUCCAUCAUACCAAGAUUCCAUUCCGGGGCUCUAGAUUAGCCGGAUCCAGCCCUUUCUAGAUCUGCCUAACCUGGGCCCAAUUGGGCCAAUCUGACCCCACUAAUCAAUCCAGAAUCCCCAAAAACCCCACAUUGCCAAAUUUUAGCAAAAAAUACCCACACUUACCCUUCCAUCUAAAAAGAUUCCAUUUCGACUAAUUUCAUUUGCCCAUGGACACAAAACCCCCUCUAUAGUCAGACCCAUCUCAACCUUCCAUGUGCUGACCCAAAAAUCCCCACUAUUGAACCAGAAACCCGACUCGACCCCAUUAAACCUAGUUUGACCUAUUUUUCAAAAAUUACAAAAAUACCCUCUUAGAUCCAGUUUGAUCCAUUUCCUCAAAAUUACCAAAAUGCCAAAUUACCCAUUGCACCGAAUUCCCGAAUUACCCCUUUUACCAAAUUCCCAAAAUACCCCUUUGACAAAUUCCCAAGUUACCCUUGAGUUCGUGACCUAAUUUCCAAAAUACCCCUUUCAAAAUUACCCUUGCAAACCCUAAAUUUUGGUAGAAACCACCCUUGCCCCCUCCUGUUAAAUAGGGAGCAUCAUUCCCAAAAUGCCAAAUAGGGAGCAUCAUUCUCUUCGAAUAGAUAUCAGAGAGGUCUUAUUCUCUGGCGUUGAGAGCCGAGAGAGAGAGAGAGAGAGAGAGAGAGAGCUCGAAUGAGAGAAGUAACUUAAGAGGGAGUUCGAGAGAGAAGAGAAAGGGGGAAGUCCAAGAGCUGAGAGCUACGAGAGUUGAGAGGGAGUUUGAAUGAGAAGAGAAAAUAGAGAGAGUUGAGAGCCGAGAGCCUCGAGAGAGAGAAAGGCGGAGAGACCGAAUUAAAGGAGGGGCGACACUGUUGAUCGUCUCCUCUCUUCGAACCCAAAA